AGGAACAUCACGUGGCAUGAUGUGACCAGGGGAAACAGCAUCUUUGGAGAUUAAAACAAGAGCAAACCAAAAUGUUCCUCACCCACGUGCGUUCUGUUCCAGAACACCUGUUGCAGCCAUGAUGCCUGUUGCAACCGUGAUGCCCGACGACACACCGAUGUUUGACCCAAAUGUUCUGCAUGAACUUGACUGGAGCGAGAACACGACGACGUUUUCUCCUGCUAUUUCUCCUUUAGAUCCAGGAGAUGGCCUAGUUUUGAGACCGCUUUGCACAGCUGAUAUAAAUCGAGGCUUUUUUAAGGUUCUGGGUCAGCUGACUGAAACUGGAGUUGCAAGCCCAGAGCAGUUUAUCAAAACCUUUGAGCACAUGAAGAGAUCUGGAGAUUACUACGUUACUGUCGUAGAAGACACAAAUCUUGGACAGAUUGUUGCUACGGCAACGCUGGUUAUAGAACAUAAGUUCACUCACUCCUGUGCAAAGAGAGGAAGGAUAGAAGAUGUAGUAGUAAGCGGGGAGUGCAGAGGAAAGCAGCUUGGUAAACUAUUAACGUCCACCCUGACAUUGCUAAGUAAGAGACUGAACUGUUACAAAAUUACGCUUGAGUGUCUGCCAAAAAAUGUGGAUUUCUAUAAGAAGUUUGGCUAUUCGGUAUCUGAAGAAAACUACAUGUUUCAACGGUUCUUUAAUUAAAGAACUUCUAGUCUUUUUUUCGUAAAGACUGUUGGUGGAGGAGCUUGUGCUACAAACAUUCUCUUCAUGGAAAAUUUAUAUAGUUUAUUGCUGCAAAUAUAAUGAUCCCUAUAAAUAACGAACAUCAAAUGUGUAAAUCCUGCAAAAAAAAAAAUUAUCGGCGUUUUAGAAGGGUCCUUUGGGUUAGGAAAUGAGUGCUUAGAACUAAUUUUUACUACUGUUCAGUCUAAGUGAAGCUUUUCUGUUCUAGCUGAGUUACAAAGGACUCUUGUUAAAGGGAUGGUUUUUAACCAAAAGUAUAUAUUUUUAUCUGAAAUUUUUUCUUGCAUUGUAUUUUUCUAAAGGUUUGUGCUUCUUUUCUUGGUAGCCAAAGUACAGCUCGCGGGAUUGUUCUCCUGUCUGUACUUCACGGAAGGCUGACGUAGCUCGGGUAGGGAUGAUGCUUCUUUCGCGCAGAACUAGUGAUCCAGCGUUGGGCGUUUGCUCUGUUCUUUCCGUGAAAGCUCACUGAAGUGCUGUCGAUGUUAGCGUACCUAAAGUUUUAUAGGCACUGUUUUCCAAAACCGAAUUUGUUACUAUUCGUGCGGGUAGGGGCUAUGCUAAAGCUGGUGUUCCGAGCCUAAAAAUGGAUGUGUACUUCUCACUGCAGGGGUCCUGCACUUUAGCUGAUAACUUACUUUGUUUUCAGGAUAAUUACUUGUUUUCUGACACAAAAAAAAAAAAUAACCCGAUGGUUUGCGACAGGGCAGAGGUGACUGGGAAACUGGAAUGUCUGACAGACAGAAUACAGCCCAUCGUAGCGGGGCUCUGGCUAGCACUCAACGGGAAUGUGAUUUGGGAUUGGCAGUUAAUGCCUGCAUCUGUAAGAAGGCAGUAAUGCAUUCAGCUUCGCUCAGCGCACCCGGCCGACUCGCUGUACUUGAACCCUCGAGGGCCGGGUGGGCUGUGGUUUUGCUGGUAAUGGCUUAUGCCUACGGCAUAGCGAGCUGGCAGAGAAAUCCCCCGAUCCCGGUCCUGAGGGAUUGGAUGCCUACGGCAUAGCGAGCCGGCAGAGAAAUCCCCCGAUCCCGGUCCCGAGGGAUUGGAUGCCUACGGCAUAGCGAGCCGGCAGAGAAAUCCCCUGAUCCCGGUCCCGAGGGAUUGGCGCCGCUUUGCGGCAUCCCUCUUGCUGCAAGAUUGGAUGAAUGAUUUUAGCACUUUUGCCAGUGAUGGCAAGCAAAUAAUGUACAAAGCCCUGGCUCCAACAGUAGCGUUUUGUGCGAAGAGAGGGACAGAUCCUACAUCUAUGAAUAGGGCAUUAUAAAUACAUGAAGGUUCGUACAAAACAGCCAGUCUUGUUCGUGAACAGUUAGGCCUUACAAAAUGUUCUUUCACUGUGGUGUGGAGAGCUACUUUAAGCUGUGGUGGGGGUUCUAUUUAAUGUUCCUGAUGGUACUCCACUCGAUAUAGUGUUUCCUUGGUGAUGUCUGAUUUAUUUAUUAUUUUUAAAAAACAAAAAUCUUUGUUUAAGCUGAAUAAAUGAAGACUGCCAAAUGCA